AACUACGUGUGAAUAGCUUUUGGAUUUGAUUUUCUUUAUCAAUCAUUUUAACGGAAAUCAAAUUCGUUUCAACAAAAUAACAAUUUGAUAGCAUUUUUUGUCUAGAUUUGAAAGAGUGUCAAAAUCUGUUGAGUCAAGAUGAAGUUGUUCCUGUGGAAUGAUCGCAAUUGGAAGCUCGUAGAGGAAAAUAUGGAUUACGAUACCGAGGACUAUGUUGUUGCCAAGAAGCUCAUUGUUCGAUGGCUCACCGAUCCAGGGCAUCAGAACGUUCACGAUUCCAUUCGAGAGGUGCUUCAAUCGUUUGGUGAAAUUGAUUCAGUGUACCGGGUGAAUGACGAAUUAUCCGAUGGUAUUUACGCGGCACUCGUUUCAUUUGUCCACAGUGAAUGUGCAUUCAACGUGUUGGUGGCCAGUCAUAACGAAAUGUUUAUAUCGGAGCAUUUGCUCAGCGUGAUGCCGGCCGAUACAUGGCAACAAACUGACGGCGAAUCUGACGAACAGAUGGAUACAUGUGAUGAGGGCGAUGACAAACCAGGAAUCAACAGCAUGACAGAGGAUUUGCGUGAAAUGUCAUUGUGCCAAAAGAAUCUGUGCUGUGAAAAUGGUGACGAGCAGUUUGAAAUCGACUUUAGCCUUGGCUUGAGCCUAAAGCAAAUCCGUUCACGCAUCUUCAGCGUCAAAUCGUAUCAGAAGCAUUUGAUUUUGGAUUAUGGCCUCGAAUCCGAUGACGAAGAAUCAGAAGAAGAAAAUCCGAUAUUGCACAUCGACAAAUCAGAGUUUGAGAAACGUGUUUCAAAAACGAUUGCCAAACUCGGAGCCAAAAAGUUUCAAGCACUGACGAUUCGGGGAAAAGAUCACAUUUCCAUGGAAAUGUUACAUUGGCUGGAGCCAUUGCUCAAGCGACUACAAGUGUUGUACAUCGAAACAUACUCAAACAGUCAGAUCCUGUAUGCGUUGCAAGAGACCUGUUCCAAUUUGAACAAAUUGUACUUUUCUGGCUUCAAAUGGCGUGGCAACACUUGGACUGACAUCAAAGCAUUUCCAAAAUUGACUCACUUCGUGUUGAAAUAUGUUCAACUGAACAUUGGCAGCGUAACGGAAAAUGGCAAACGAUUUCAGCGAUUCAUUGAACUAAAUCCACAGUUGGAAGUGUUGGAGCUUGAGCCGAUUGUUGACGUGACAAUAGUGAAGAGCAUCACGAAACAUUUGUCGAAUCUGCGUUCAUUGACCAUCACCCGUUCGGAUUGCAGUGAAUCGGCCAGCAUGCUCGACUCACUCGGUGAACUGAAGCAAUUGUCAACCAUUGUGCUCACCACUUGGACGGUGCGUAAAGGUGAACUUUAUUUGAUUUCAAUGUGCACACAACGAUUCCAUGCACUGGAUUUGGUUGUACUCAUUCAAAACUAUGAGUCAAAUAUCGAUGACGACGAGGCAUUUGAACGUUUGGCCGAUUUCCCGGUGACACAUCACAAUGGCUGCUUCUGCGCUCCAGACACAGAACGAAGCCUGAGCUUUGGUGAAUAUCUCGAUGAUGUAUCAAUUCCAAAGGAUCAACCGGCAUUGGUGCUGGUUGUCAACACGAACAAUCCCAUCAAAUCGAAAGAUGCAUCGUUGGAGGAUGAAGUCAUUGACAUGUUCGAAGAAACGAAAAAGUUUUACCCGAGUAUGGCGGAAUUUCAAGUGCUUCCAGAAGACGACCAUUACACAUACGUACAUGUCAGUAAUGCUUAGACAACGAACAGAUCCAGACGAAUAUGUAUAAGAUGUUUCAUGUUACCUUUUGUUGAUAUAUUUACCGAAUUUCAUUUGCCAUUUUGAUCAAUUGAAUGUUUCAACUUGAUAGCUGUUAAGAAAUAUCUUAGAUCGAGAAUAGAAUAAAAUUUUGAAAAAGUAGACAAAUAAAAAGAUUGUUUUUCGGGA